AUGGCCGCAUCUAUUCUGGAGGAAGACGCACGCUAUGGCUCCAGUCCUCUGGCUAUGUUAACUGCUACCUGUAACAAGUUUGGCAGCACAAGCCCCAUCAGGGAUUCGGCUACACCCGGUAAGCCCGGCAGCACAACUCCUGUAAAGAAGCCCUACAACAUGACCUCUGAUCUGCAGACUAAGAACGGGCGCACCGCAGACGGCAGCGGCCUGGCGGACUCCUACACUGGCUCCUUCACCACAGCUGGAGGAGGAGGCGGUGGGCUGCUUACCCCAACUGGAAGCCCCCCUCCUUCAUCCGGAGGCUACCCUACAGAGUAUAACCCCUUCUCCCACUCCUUCCAGACCUCUGUCUCCCAGGACCCGUCUCUUUUAGUGUCCAAGGCCCAUGCUACGGCCGACUGUCUCACCAGCGUCUACACCUCCCUGGAUAUGACGCACCCAUACGGCUCCUGGUAUAAAGCCGGUAUCCAUCCUGGUAUCACUGCUGCUCCUGCCAAUGCCACGUCCUCCUGGUGGGACGUCCACCCAAACUCCAACUGGCUCUCAGCAACCCAGUCCCAGACAGAUGGAGGUCUCCAGGCCUCGCUGCAGCCUGUAGCACCCCAGGCCUCCCUUAGCCCACAGUUGCCCAGUUACAGCACCGACUUUACACAACUAAACCCAACUCCGUACCCCUCUGUGGGGCUGGGCUCCUCCUCACACCUCCUCCAGUCCUCCCAGCACAUGCUGCCCCAGGACAUGUACAAGCCCAAGCCUGUGCAAAGUGCGGGACUGAUUGAGAGUCCCAUGGGCCUGAAGCCUGCCAGGGGAUCAGGUGGGUACAGUGGAGGAGGUGCGCCCACCAGAUCCUCAUGUGACUGCCCCAACUGCCAGGAGCUUGAGCGGCUGGGGGCCUCGGCUGCCUCCCUGAGGAAGAAACCGGUCCAUAGCUGCCACAUCCCCGGCUGUGGGAAGGUCUACAACAAGGCCUCUCAUCUGAAAGCCCAUCUGCGCUGGCACACUGGCGAGCGGCCCUUUGUUUGCAACUGGCUGUUCUGUGGGAAACGCUUCACUCGCUCUGACGAACUGGAGAGGCACGUACGCACCCACACACGUGAGAAGAAGUUCACCUGUCUACUGUGCAACAAGCGUUUCACACGCAGCGACCACCUGUCCAAGCACCAGAAGACCCACGCUGAUUCUGCAAUGCAGGGAAAAGCUGCUGUGGAGGGGGACACAGAUCCUCGCAGCGAAGAGACCACAGAGCUCAACACCAGCGCUGUCCAAACCAACCCUGUCGAUGACCAAAUCACCAACGGAGACGAGAAGACUGGCACGCCUAAUGGAGUGGAGAACAGCAGCGGACUGUUGGAGAUCUGA